AUGACCGGGAGUAAACACACAGAGACCACUUGGUAACCAUAAGUCAUCAUUUGCUUUUUCACUUCUGAUUAAACAAGUGCAAUUACUGGAAAAAAAAUCUGAACACAGUUAAUAAUAAUUCUGAAUGUUUUGAGCAACUUAAAGCUUUGCUCUGACACCAGGGUUCGUCAGGGCAUUUCAGCACCGGACAGUUCUCUCUCUCUCUUCUUGCUCGUGUCUGGCAUGUGGCAAUGACCGUCCAUCACAACCGGUGGGGGGCAAAAACAGAGAGAAUGAGGGACUCUCCACAUCAUCCUCUACAAAUCUGCUGCUAAAGCCGAGCCUCGAGAGAUGAGCAUACCGGAGUUCCUCCUGGAAGUGUCCAUCGUGGUCAUUUCUGUGGUGUCGUUGCUGACCAACAUGUCAGUGCUGCUAUGUUUCACCCAGAGCGCAGAGUUGAGAUCCCAUGUGCCAGGAAUCUUCGUCCUAAACCUCUCCUUCUCCAACAUCCUCCUCACCGUCAUCAACAUGCCAGCCACUUUCCUCGGGGUGGCCAAGAGCGCAAAACCAUUCGGAGACUUGUUCUGCAACGCCGUGAGCUUCUCGGAGACUUUCAUCACCACUAAUGCCAUGUUGAGCAUGGCUGCGCUCAGCAUGGACAGGUGGAUAGCGGUGGUGUUUCCUCUCAGUUACUCCAGCAAGAUGCGCUACAGGGACGCUUUACUCAUCGUGGCUUACUCCUGGCUGCACUCUCUGACUUUCUCCCUGACCCAGCUCAUGAUGGACUGGGGAGGAUACAGCCACACUUAUGCGUCGUGCACGGUGCACCUGGACGCGGAGGAGGCGUCGCAGCUGACCGCCUAUGCGACGUUCACGGCGCUGUUUCACUGCAGCAGCUUCGCGCUAUGCCUCCUGGUGCUGUGCUUCGCCUACAUGAAAGUUCUGAGAGUGGCCAGGUCGCACUGCAAGAGGAUAGAUGUGAUUACCGUGCAGACUCUGCUUCUGCUGGUGGAUAUUCACCCCAGUGUGAAGGAAAGAUGCCUGGCCCAACAGAAGAAGAGAAGACAGCGAGCCUCCAAAAAGAUCUGCAUCUUCAUUGGUUCCUUCAUCCUCUGCUUUUCACCUUAUGUAGUUACAAGGUUGGUGGAGUUGUUGCCGUCUGUGCACAUCCCCCGCUACUGGGGCAUUGCUACCAAAUGUCUGUUCUAUGCCAAGGCCUCCAGUGAUCCAUUUGUGUACUGUCUUCUACGGCAGCAGUACAGGAAGGUGCUGGUUAGCAUCAUCAGCCGAUUCAUGAGAAAGGAUCAGUACUUCAUGUCCAUCCACAGCACCAGCAGCACGUUGGAUACCACAGAUGACAACUGUAUUGCCAGGAUUACCUGAGCUGGAUGCGCUAGUUUUGAAAUGAUUUACCUCUCUUCUGCAGGAAGGUCAAAGGUCAGGGUGUUUUCAGUGCAAUAGCUCAGCAAAGAGAAAGAAAUCAAUGCCUUGAGCUUGAAAUGUGAGUGUUUACGCCACAGUAUUUUCUACUGGAAGAAUUGUGAAGGUCACAUGACAUUGUUGGCUCUAUGAGGCUCAUGUCUGACAUCUGCUAAAGGCCUUUCAGACGCUACAAACUGCUGUUUCCACAGGGCUCUCGUAGGAUUUGCUUGCUGUAGCGUCGCCAAGGACGCACCACAUGAAAACCACAAGACCAUGUUUACUGCUGCCGUCAGUGUAAAUGUAUCUCUGAAGUGCUGUAACACGGAAUAUGUCGAAAAAGUGGGCUUCAAGUUUCAUCGGCAAACUGGGAAAAUGUUCAUUCUGUUGACUGUUUUAAAGCUAAUAUUAAUGUUUGUGUCAGUGCCAGUAUAGUGUAAAAAGCAAAAACUGGUGUGAAGAUGUUAUGUCACAGCGAGAACACGUAUAAAAAUAAACUCCACUGCCACAGA